AUGCCUCCAACACGCAAUAGAGACGGCCGCCUGAGGUUUCGCGCUGCCCGAGCCUUCUACUUGACCUUGUUCAUAGGCACAUGCUUCGCUGCAUACUCGCUCUUCAGCCACAGCGAUGGUCCUGCAGCAUUACCACAGCAAUCCCUUCACAGGCGAUCACUCGAAACGCCUGUCACCACCACUGGCGAGGACGACUGCCGACGAGUCCACCAGGCACAAGAUGAGUGCGCAUUCAUACGAGCGCAUUGCCCCGACGACGAGGGAGGAUUCACGGCAUAUCUCGAGCUCUACUACUGCAAGCUGCCACACGCCAAACCUGUCGCAUUCAUUGUCCUGAUAUCAUGGCUUGGCCUGCUGUUCUCCACCAUUGGCAUUGCCGCCAGCGACUUCUUCUGUAUCGAUUUGAGCACGAUAGCUGGCAUCCUAGGCAUGAGUGAGAGCAUGGCUGGAGUUACCUUCCUGGCAUUCGGCAAUGGCAGUCCCGAUGUGUUCUCGACAUUCGCUGCCAUGAGCACCGACAGUGGUAGUCUGGCAGUGGGAGAGCUGUUCGGAGCAGCAGGUUUCAUCACGGCAGUGGUAGCAGGAUCUAUGGCAUUGAUACGGCCAUUCCAUGUGGCCAAAAAGAGCUUCGUGCGAGAUGUGGGCUUCUUCCUGGUCGCGGCAGCCUUCAGCAUGGUCUUUCUGUGGGACGGCAAGCUGCGAUUCUGGGAAUGCGCCGCUAUGGUGGCCUACUACAUCUUCUACGUGGCAUUCGUGGUGGCGUGGCACUGGUGGAUUGGGCGAAGAAGGCGACAGAGAGAGAAGAACGCAGCAGUAAGAGGGCACUUCAUACCACCAGAAGAGGAAGAGCACGAGCCAUAUCAUGACGACCCAGACGAGGCUCCAGAUAACAGUAGGCCAACAUUGUCGCGGGGCGCGUCGAGGGAGGAUUGGACAGUGCUGGAAGGUGGAGUGGCAGACCCACACGAGGAGAAUCAGAAUGAAGAUGAGGAGGAGGAAGCCAGAGACAAGUGGAUGAGCGAACUGGCGAGCAACAUGCGGUUGACGCGACCAACGGCUAGGAGCCGGCGGAACACGAUUAAUCCAGUUCGACCGUCUUUGGUAGGAGCUCUCGAGUUCCAGGCUGUGAUGAAGUCUUUGAACAAGUCACGGAACUUUCAGACCAUCCCACUUGACUCGCGCCGCUAUUCGGACGACCCUACAUUCACAACACUACAACAGCAGGACCAGAUGUCAUCGAUCUCUGAUCCAGCAGCUAGGCCGCCAUACGAGGUACAUAUCACGGAUGAGAGCUCACCGCAGCUCGAGCGACCCGAGCCAGAAUUACUGCCAUACUCUGCACCGCCAGGCAGGGUGCGAGCUGUUUCAGCGAACGAUGCGGCAGCUUUGGGCAUUAACAGGAGACUGCACCAUUUCCCCAGCUUGACACCCAUACAGUCCGAGGACAACUUGAUUGAGGCCUCAAGCGAUGAAGGCCAGCAUAGUCGCGAUCGAUCAAGGUCCACGUCAAGGCUUGCCGUUCCUAGGAUUGGAGGCGCACCGCAGCUUGCUUCGCCAACGAUCAUGGUCGAGCCAAGUACACCUCGCCAAGCGACACAACCCAUGGAAGGUACACGAACGCCUGGAUCUUCACAUUCCGUGGACUUGCUCGCGCCACCUGAUCAGCAUGGUAAUGUGCCUUUCAAUCGUCCACACAGCGAUCACUUUGUGCCUCAAGUACCAUCUCGACAGGGCACAGACUCACCUAAGAAUUCACCUCGACUCGUGCCUAGAGCGAAACAACUCCCAAAGAUCGUGAUACCCCAGCGAUCAGGGUCGCCCUCUUCAUCGCGCGCAACUUCGCCAUUUCCGACGUAUCGGGACUUUCCUUCGCCAUCCGUGACAGCAAGCACGAGGUCACCUAGCACGAGGCCGCCUAGUGUUUACCUGCCAGCACCUGGUCUUGCUUCCCCUGAAUCACUGCCAGUGGAUCAAGCCGCAGAACGUGAAACACCCAGGCGGCCGACCAAGCUCAACAAGCUAUGGCCAAGGAUUCUGCCUCCUCCCGGGGUCAUCAUUUCGACCCUGCUGCCAACCAUAUACCAUUGGCAUGAGAAGACUUGGUGGGAGAAGUUGCUGGGCUUCGUCGCCGCACCGAGUGUCUUCCUUUUGACGGUCACACUCCCCGUUGUAGAACAAGAACGUGAGAACGAUAGCACGAGUCCAUCGCAGACGCCAGCACAUGUCGAUAGCUUCGAUAGCAUGAAGUCAAGGUCGAAGAGCAUCCGUGGUGCACCUGGCAUGUCACCGGGGCAGGUCAGAGGACUGGUUCCCGAGUUCGUCUUGGAUCCUGCCGAUGCACAUGCUGGCUCCCACAGACAUACCUUGACUCCGGGUGAUGUUACACACGGGCCUGGCGGUACCGCGACAAUGGCUGCAGAAGCAGAGCAGCAGCAUCGAGAGCAGUAUCACGACAACCCGAAUAAGCAUGCCUCGAUCUCAGCUGAGCCCUCAGCUCUGGAAAAUUCACUACUGGAUGAGACUGAGAACCCACACGAGCUGUGGAACCGCUGGCUUACCAUUAUACAGCUCUUCCUGGCUCCUAUUUUCAUCGUCCUGGCACUGUACAUCCAGUCUCCGGCCGAUCUGUCGCCGCACUGGCUUAUCCGACCUAUCUUGAUCUGCUUACUGGUCUCGGUCGUACUACUCAUCCCACUCUUGCUGACCACAACGCCGACCCAUCGGCCCGAGGUAUAUCGCAUCAUCCUCAGCUUCGCUGGCUUUGUUGUGGCAAUUGCCUGGAUCUCGGCCGUGGCCUCACAAGUCGUCGGCGCCUUGAAGGCCCUCGCCGUCAUUCUCAACAUGUCCCACGCCAUCAUGGGUCUAACCAUCUUCGCCGUCGGCAACUCUCUUGGCGAUCUCGUCGCGGACGUCACAGUCGCGAAGCUCGGCUACCCCGUCAUGGCACUUUCAGCCUGCUUCGGCGGUCCCAUGCUCAACAUCCUCCUCGGCAUAGGGCUCUCAGGAUCCUACAUCCUCUUCACCCGCGCCGAGCACAAACUCGACAAACACCCCGGCAAAGGCCUAAAGUUCCACUCCUACCACAUCGAAGUCAGCAAAACUCUGAUCGUCAGUGGCAUCACCUUACUUAUCACGCUCUGCGGCCUGAUGAUCUUGGUCCCGCUUAACAAGUGGGUUUUGAGCAGGAAGAUUGGAUGGGCGCUGAUUGCGCUUUGGACUAUCAGUACGAUUUUCAAUGUUGUGAUUGAGGUCACGGGGUUUCUCGGGGAGAUGGAGAGGUGA